AUGGUAUCGCCCUACUAUAAGAGAGAAACUGGCGCGACGACGGACUUGGGGGUAGAACGAAUCGUGGAUGCAUGCUGUCCGAGCUGCAAGGGGCGCGGCUUCAUAAAAACCGAAAGGGUAUAUUCUGGUCUAUAUCAUGACUUUGGUGCGCUGUCUGAAUUCUCAAAGCCAGAUCUAGUAGUAUUACCAUUCAACAGCGCCCGAGCCGGAGGAUUUUCGAAACCGGUGGAGGAAUGGAAGCCCACAACCAAGUUUUUGGUUGACGUGUCAGUACCGACCGUUUGCACAGAGAUUAUUGAUCAUGUAGCGGUCAAUGAUCUCGCAGAACUCAAUGUCCUGGGUGCCAAUGUACUCCUGGAGCUUGAAAUCAAUCCCUGGAGAAGCCUCGUUCCAGUUUUUGGUGCACCAUUACCAGUACUAUCGAUACAUCUUCCAGGGAAGGAAGUAGAAUUUAUGUAAGAUUCUAGGCACAACGUAAAGUGGCACUUCUCUGUUUUCAUGUCACAAUAUUGA